AUGAAGCCUCCAAAGGAAAGAAAAUCCCAAGAACAACUGCCCACAGAACUUAAGAAAACAUUCAGCAGCUCAGAACAUGCUGAGAAAUUUAGAAGAAAGUGGAAGGAGAGAAAAGAUAAAGAGGAGGAAAAGAAAUGGAGGGAGAUGUGGGAUGAAAUAAGAAAAGAGAUGGAGUUAGAACUAAAAGGAAGGGGACGACUAAGUAAAGAGAUGUAUUAUAGAAUGGGAAAAAUAUUAAUAGAUUUUAAAAAGGGAAAGAAAGACAUUCCAAGACAUCGCAGCAGAACAGCAAUAAAAGUUUAUUUGACAUAUAAAGAUAAUGAAGAAUUCGAUGAUGGGAUAAAAAUAAGAGAAAUUAACAAAGAAAAAAAG